GCGGUGAAAAACUGCUCGUCACGGCUUCAAUUGCUGGUCAACUUCGAAUUCAUGAUGAUCUGGCAUUCUUGAGUAUUCUUGACACAUAUCAGGCAUAUUCAGCCUUGAUUGCAAUCGUGGGUUUCGUAGCGCAACCCCAGAUUGCACUAGCAACAGAGCCUCCACUGUUCAGAUCGUGUGGCCCGAAGGCGGACACCGACGGUCCUCGUGCCACCACAGCCCCCAAAGAACCACGGUCCGUUGCUCACAUUUCGAAUUGGACGCCGCAGAAUCUCCCCGAGAAAUGAUAGCCAUGGUUCAUCCACGUGGCUGCGAUACGGCUCGGCUCCGAUCUAGUGUCCGCCCGAAGAUAAGGUGUCGCAGCGUGCACUCAAGACCGACGGGUUCCGUGGUCAAAGGGGAAUUAAAGGGGGCCGUCCCAGGCCUGCCUGACAACCAGCCCUGGCUCCUCGCAAGCCAGCUCCAGAGAUACCACAACUCCGACAACAAGACCGAAAUGAUUAACAUGUGGUCCCGACUGAAGCAAGGCCGGGUUUCCAGCAUGAGAAAUUAUGGGAGCCCACUUCUCCGCAAGCGUUCCCACUCGCCGCUCCGGGCCUGCGUGCCCAUGGCCCGUUCUGGACUCCCCGAGAUCUCUCGGCCCCUGCCUGCGAUUCCUCUCGGACUGCUAAGCAUGCAUGGGCGAAUGACGCCUUCCCCAGAUCCGGACACCCUCUCCGCUCGCAAGAGUCUGGAGGUUGUACGUAACAGAAUCCGCACCAGCUGCACGUUGCGUUUCCACAAUCGAGGCUGCGAUAUCUGGGGUGCGGGGGAAGGGCCGAAAGGUGUCAAGCACGAUCGUUGCGUGGGCAAGAGCAGGUCUGUGAAGCACCAGCAGCAGCACGGUACACCGUAAACACAUUCAUGGUGUCGACAUGGAAACCGUUGUCACCAUCGUGAAGUUUUAUGGGCUGCGAAAAUUUCGAAAGUGCCAAGACAUGGGCCCCUGGUCUGUGGUCAACCUGCGUGCAUUGGAUCGCCAGGUGAAGCUGGUCACUCUUCCUAGCCGCGAGCGCGUAGCACUUAGGUACAUGUUAGACAAAAGGCACGCCUUGGUUGUGUCAUGCAUCUUGCGAGACCCGGAUACAACCUGCACCAGGGAUAACAACCUGCAGGAAUCAUUUUGAGCAAGAUCUGUGCAGAAUUGUACUCUGUAGGUGACGAAUAUCGGCGGCUGCUUUGAGGACUGAGAACAGAAGAGACGCACCCAGAUCAAUCAAAUCAAAUAUCAAAUUAUCCC